CUCCUCCUCCUCGGUUGUACUUGCAUCGGGCAGCUAGUAGCGGCGUGGCGCAGCUUUGAACCUACUACCCCGGGAAGCAGUAGUGUGACUUUAAUAAAAAAAAAAAACAUAAUUUACUUUCCAAGGUGACACGGUUCUCAAAAAAUAAUCCCGAAACCAUGACUAGCUACCACAAACCCGAUGAGAAAACUCUGCAGGGGCUGAAAGACGUCGCUAACAAGCUCAGGAUCAACUCCAUCAAGGCGACAUGCGCCUCUAACUCUGGUCACCCCACAUCAUGCUGCAGUGCAGCAGAGCUCAUGUCUGUGCUCUUCUUCCACACCAUGCGCUAUAAAGCAGAUGACCCCCGCAACCAGUGUAACGACCGCUUUGUGCUCUCAAAGGGUCAUGCUGCACCUGUCCUGUAUGCUGCCUGGGCAGAGGCUGGUUUCGUGAAGGAGUCUGAUCUGCUCAACCUGCGCAAGAUUGACUGUGACCUGGAGGGGCACCCCACACCAAAACUGGCUUUUGUUGAUGUGGCUACAGGAUCUCUGGGACAGGGUCUUGGGGCUGCCUGUGGGAUGGCCUACACUGGCAAACACUUUGACAAAUCAGCUUACCGUGUGUAUUGCAUGAUGGGUGAUGGAGAGUGUUCAGAGGGCUCUGUGUGGGAGGCCAUGGCCUUUGCCUCCUACUACAAGCUGGACAACUUGGUGGCUAUCAUGGAUGUCAACCGGCUCGGUCAGAGUGAGGCCGCACCCCUGAAGCACGACAUGGAGACCUACCGCAAGCGCUGUGAAGCUUUUGGAUGGAACACGUAUGUUGUGGAUGGACAUGAUGUUGAGGAGCUGUGCAAAGCGUUCUGGCAGGCUCAGCAGGUCAAGGACAAACCCACUUGCAUUGUAGCCAAAACAUUCAAGGGCAAGGGACUCAAAAAUAUUGAGGAUCUUGAUAAUUGGCAUGGAAAGCCUAUCCCUAAGGACAGGGUGGAUGACAUCCUAAAAGACCUCCAGGCUCAGAUCCAGGUCCCCAACAAGACUGUGUGCCCUGAACUGCCCAAAGAUGACACGGCACCUGCAGACCUUAGCACCAUCUCCAUGCCUUCACCCCCAGCAUUCAAAAUGGGAGAAAAGAUGGCAACAAGGCGUGCAUACGGCCUGGCACUGGCCAAGCUGGGCCAGGCAAGCAAGAGAGUGGUGGCCCUCGAUGGAGACACCAAAAACUCUACCUUCUCAGAGACCUUCAAGAAAGCCUUCCCUGACCGCUACAUUGAGUGCUUCAUUGCUGAACAGAACUUGGUGGGAGUGGCCAUUGGCUGUGGCACCCGUGACCGCACAGUUGCAUUUGCCAGCACGUUUGCUGCCUUCUUCUCUAGAGCCUAUGACCAGAUCCGCAUGGGAGCCAUCUCCCAGUCAAAUGUCAACCUGGUAGGGUCCCACUGUGGGAUCUCCAUCGGUGAGGAUGGUCCUUCCCAGAUGGCCCUAGAGGACUUGGCCAUGUUCCGUGCUAUCCCAACAUGUACUGUGUUUUACCCCAGUGAUGCAGUGUCCACAGAGAAAGCCGUUGAGCUGUCAGCCAACACUAAGGGUAUCUGUUUCAUCCGUACCAGUAGACCAGACAAUGAGGUCAUCUACUCUCCAGAUGAGAAGUUUGAAGUGGGCAUAGCUAAGGUGGUGCGCCAGUCGGACAGUGAUUGUGUAACAGUGAUUGGAGCUGGUGUUACUCUGCAUGAGGCCCUUGCUGCUGCUGAUAUGCUGGCCCUUGAAGGGAAGAAGAUCCGUGUGAUUGACCCGUUCACUAUCAAGCCCCUGGAUGCCUCUACCAUCAUGUCCAGUGCCAGAGCUACAAGGGGACAGAUAAUCACUGUGGAGGACCACUACAAGGAGGGUGGUCUUGGUGAAGCAGUGCUGUCAGCAGUGGGCAAGGAGCCUGGCAUCGUUGUGACCCGGCUUGCAGUGACUGGUGUUCCCCGCAGCGGAAAGUCCCAAGAGCUGCUGGACAUCUUCGGCAUCAGCGCCAAGCACAUUGCUAAUGCCGUGCGUCAGACCUUUGCAAAUUAAGGAGCAUAAUUUAUCUCUCGCUUGCUGCUCUGUUCAAUCUCAAACAACUUGCAGUUACCUGGCAUGAUCACGUGAAGACCUGUUAACUUUUUGUGCCCAAGUUCCAUCUUGUGGCUUUGAUUAAAGCAACACUAGAGAACCUUUCCAGUUUUGGUCCCCUACAGGUUGGAAGCAGAAUUGUCUCAUUCAAACUACAGAUCCGCUACCCGGUCUGACAAACUUGCAUAGUGCGGUUAUAGCCGGUAGAGAGCCGCAAAGUGAAUGUAAAAGUGCCGUUAACCCGGUUACGAGUUGAUGAACCACUGAAACGAUUUUGGAACGGUUAUUUUAAGUUACAAAAUUCUCUUGUGUUGCUUUAAAGUACUGUGUGCGCUAACCCUGUAUUGUUAAUACUAUCACAGAUGGAGAGGGAUGAGAAGGGAGUGUGUGACAGAUGUAAUAAUGUUUAUUACCACUAAGUCCCAGCAAAAAGUAAUGUGUAGUAGCCUACCAGUAAGUCGGAGCAAGCAAUUGAGUAACUGUUGAGGGUUCAUAUUGAGUAAUGGUAUAUCGGUUUAUGGUUAAUGUUGUUACAGUAUGUUUGAUUUCUUGUUUUUCACGUGCAAAAUGUCAUUCCAACACCAGCAGCAGUAAGGGUUAACCAGAGCGUUGUAUUUACUAGAGGGCUCCAUCAGGGGGAACGUAAAACUCUUGAGCUAUCUGUUGCAGUGCAUGUCCCCUUCACUCAGCUAAAAGUUACAUAGUGUUGCUUUAACACUUACUGCUGCUGGUGUUGGAAUGACAUUUUGCACAUGAAAAAUAAGAAAUCACAAAUGUACUGUAACAACUUUAACCAUAAACUGAUGCCAUGAAAAUGCCAAAAUUACUCAAUAUGAACCCUCAACUGCUUGCUCUGACUUACUGGUAGGCUACUACACAUUACUUUUGCCUAACUUACUGGUAAUACACAUUAUUCCAUCGGUCACAAGUAGAGUGUUGUCGACUCCUGUAGUGUUAAUAUUACUCUCCCGGUUUGCAGUGUCUAGUACCCUCUUCUGCAGCAUUCCUUUCUUUUAUCAUGUUUUCCAAAUUCCUUGCUAGUAGUUCAAACAAAAGCCUCACAGAAUACUGUAAAUGUGGUAUGUUGACAGCUUACCAUACCAGCUGUAUGGUAAGCUGUCCUGGUUCUGAUCCAUUUUGAACUGUCAGGCCACAACUUUUGUUCUGCAUUCCAACAAUCCUUUCUUUUUCACAUUCCUUACAACCAUGCCUCAUGUCUUCUCACUCAGCUGGCACUCAUGCCUCCUUUUUUGUUUUGAAGAAGCACUAUUACUGUUGUCAUACAUGUAUGUACUAUCAGUUUUGUAGUGAUCAGUCCCAGCUUUGACGCUUGGCUGUGGUAGAGAACAGUUUCUUCAGAUGGUGUGAAAAGUUAAACCUCUUAGUUGUGAACCGUUGAGCAUUCCUGGCCACAAUGGCAUCACACAAUGUUACUGCUUUCCAGGUCACUGGUGUCAUCCUGUUCUACCUGUGUUGUGCUGAAUUAAAAAGAUUAACCCAA